AGCGUCUUUAGCUCCCCGGUCACCUCGUCACCAUGAGUUGGAGCUUCCUAACUCGUCUGCUGGAUGAGAUCUCCAACCACUCCACCUUCGUGGGGAAGAUCUGGUUGACGGUGCUCAUCAUCUUCCGCAUUGUGCUGACAGCCGUCGGCGGUGAGACCAUCUACUACGAUGAACAGAGUAAAUUUGUGUGCAACACGCAACAGCCUGGGUGUGAGAACGUGUGCUACGACGCGUUUGCGCCGCUCUCUCACGUACGAUUCUGGAUCUUCCAGGUGAUCUUGAUCACCACUCCGACCAUUAUGUACCUGGGCUUUGCCAUGCACAAGAUCGCCCGCAUGGAAGACAGCGAGUAUCGGCCCGUCCGGAACCAGAAGAAGAGGAUGCCCAUCGUCAGCCGUGGCGCAGUUCGAGACUACGAGGAGGCGGAGGACAACGGAGAGGAAGACCCCAUGAUCGCUGAAGAGAUUGAACAAGACAAGCCCGACAAAGCAGAAAAAAGCUCAGAGAAGAAGCAUGACGGUCGCCGGCGAAUCCUGCGUGACGGCCUGAUGAAAGUGUACGUGUGCCAGCUUCUGUGGCGCUCUGCCUUUGAGGUUGCCUUCCUUUUUGGCCAGUACGCCCUCUACGGCUUCGAGGUGAUACCGUCCUACGUCUGCACUCGCUCGCCAUGCCCGCACACUGUGGACUGCUUUGUGUCCCGCCCCACGGAGAAGACCAUCUUCCUGCUGGUCAUGUACGUGGUGUCUUUCCUCUGCCUGCUCCUCACCGUCUUCGAGAUCAUCCAUUUGGGGGUCGGUGGUAUCCGCGACACCUUCCGCAAGCGGGCCACCCUCGGCUCACGUGCCUCCCGUCCAUCCUCCUCACGCGCCAUGCCCACAGCUCCGCCGGGAUAUCACGCCACCAUGAAAAAGGAGAAACUGAAAGGAGAGCUGAGGGACUCGCCAAUGGCCGACUCCGGGCGGGAGAGCUUCGGGGACGAGGGGCCGUCGUCCAAGGAGCUGGAGCGGUUGAGGAGGCACCUGAAGUUGGCCCAGCAGCACCUGGACCUGGCCUACCAGGCAGAUGAAGGAGGCCCUUCACGGAGCAGCAGCCCAGAGGUCAACACGGCUGCACAGACGGCUGCAGAGCAGAACCGCCUCAACUUUGCCCAGGAAAAGCAGGGCGAGGCGAGCGAGAAAGGAACACAUGCCUGAGCGUGCUUCCUGCCUCAAACGUCUGCUCUUCCAUUCCUACUGGCCUUAAACACAUGGGGGAAGCACAUAUGGGAGUGCAGUCAGACCACUGAGGGAGACCAGAGUGUGUGUGUGUGUGUGUGUGUGUGUGUGUGUGUGUGUGUGUAGGUCAUACAUGGCAGCCCAAGAAAUGUGACCUGUCUGUGGUGGUGCAGCUGUCGUUGCCAACCUGAGGGAAUUGAGGCUGAAGCAGUGAGAUGGGAGAGAGUGAGAGAGAGAAGAGAGAGAGAGAGAGAGAGAGACAGAUAACAUGAGCUGAUUUAAGUCUUAGAAGCCUAAAAAGGUCAAAAGUGUCUUUUUUUUUUAAGGACUCAGAGGUAGUUACUGAAAACACUCUAGAGCGGUAGGGCUGAGUGGUUUGGCAUUUAGGAAGAAGGAUGUCUCUCUCUCUGUCUCACCACUCUUCACCAGGGAUUGAAGCUGUUGAAAGGGACCAUGGCAGUGGCUGCUAAUGCUACAUGAUCUAGGGUGGACUUACACCUACAGCCCUGCGCUCGCUAAAGGACACACAGAGACUCGGGCUUUAGCAAAUGAUUUGAGAUGAAAUAUAUUGCUCAAUGGAUCCUGUUACCUUCACUUGGACUUUGUGGGAAUGUCCAAAGGGAUUCCUUUCGGCUUUAAUGGCAAAAGUUAACCCACAGAGCAACAGCCCAGGUCAAACAUCCUCUGUGUCCUCUCAGCAGACCCACAUGGAGUCUUUCAGAAGAGGCCUUCAAUAACUGCAGCUCAUCUUGAUACUCCAAUCAAUUACCAGACAAAAAGUACAGUCUGUAAAGAAGUCGGAAAGA